AUGUCAGCCUUUCAGCAGCUAGAGACUACAGGGAACAAUACAGAAAAAAAGGUUUUUAUACCAGAGCAAGGACGUCAAAAAUGUUUAUUAAAUCGAGCCAUACCCAGAUCUGAGCAUUCUACCACCAAGCUGACGAAUGCCUUGACAAACAGUUUGCAGCCCUCUUUGCAGCAGUCGAGGCAGCAAAUGUAUAAUCAGGAACAACCAACACAAUAUACCUUUGCUUCAAAGAAAAGGCAAGAUGGAGAUGUGACUAAUCUUAGUGGUGGUACUAAACCGCGUAAAAACACUGUCACCAUGUCUGAACCAACUGAUGGUCGUCGCAGCACCACAUUUCAAAAUAACGAACCCAUACCUGCUGAGAAUGCUGUCACUCCGAGUUCUUCCAGCCAAAUUUCCUUUCAAUCUGAGCAAACAAAAGACUUGUCCAUUAGAUCGAGUCUUCGUGUUGUAUCCGGGGACACGACACUUGACGAUGGUUCAGGGUUUACCGACGAAAGCUCGAAUAGCUUUUUUUCCCGCCGUAAUUCUUCUGUCAACAGUAGUGCUACGCUUCAUUCCAGCAGUCGUGGAGGGGCCAUCAACUCUCGUGAAAUCGAAGAGUUGAGAACCGAGUGUCAAGUAGUUGAAGCCAAUCUGCUACUUGCUGGGCAGGAGGUGCGCCGCAAGGAAGAUCUGGCAUUUACCAUGGGUCGAAACGAUAUUGACAUUUCAAGACUCCAACGUUAUCAGGCAAUGGAGCUUUCAGAAAUGAACAUUGCGUUUCAAAAAAAAAUAAAAGCACGUAUGGAUCGUAAAGAAGCCAAACGAGUGCAGCGCAAUCUUAUCCGUGAAACCAAGCGUCGAGAUCUUAUUAUUUUGCGACAGGAAGCAGCAGCAAAAGCAGCACAGGUGAUUCGUACUGCUCGUAAUGACAAGCGUGAGGAAUUUGAAGCUCUUGUACAACACAUGGAAAAAAUUCAGGAGAUGCAGUGCGAGGAAUUGGCCAAAGCCCAAAAUCGAGCACAGUUUCAUGAACGUGCUUUGGGUGAAAUGGAAGCCAUGCAGCAAUUGCAUGAAAAAAGAUCCAGUUUGCUCAAAAAACUUCAAACAAGGCAAACUCACCAAAUCAACCUCAACAAAAGAAUCAACGACCAGCUUCGCGAAGUACAUCGCAUUGAACACCGUCACGCCAAGGAACGAUUUGAUUUGAGCAUAAAAUGUUUUGAUGAAGUUCAUAGCGUGAAAAGUCUAAAUACUCUUACGAUAGAUGAGCUUGCUGUAUCUCAAUCUCUUGAGCUUCGCGCGGAAAAGGAACGGUUGCUUGCCCAGCAUGAAGAUAAUAAGCUCAAAUCAAUGGUUGCUACUCAUCAAGCCGAGACCAAGCGACUCAAGCAGACUCAUCGAAUUGCUAUAAGGCAGAUGAAAAUUCAACAAGAGCAAAAAGUGAGAUUGUUAAAGACUUACAAAUCUGCCAGUCAAAACGGUGGAUCUGCUCCCAUGUCAAAUGCAGGUAGCAAGCGGGUGUCGCGAUCUGGAUCAAUCACUUCUAUGGACGAUGCUGCAUCUGAUUUGGAUGGAAGUCAGAUGUCAUACUCUCUAUCUCCGCGCAACCUAAACCAAAAUUUACAAUCAGUAAUAAUGAGCUCUAACCGUAGUGCUGGAGCAAACUCACUUUUAUCUUCUCGAUUUGAUGACGAUGAUGGAGAAUAUUCUGGAAAUUUCAAAGUCAAUAAUCAAAUAGGGUCAAUUGGAGCAAUGGUUUCAAAACAUACCGAAGCCAAAAAUGCUGUGACGAGUAAACUUCAGCAAGAGCUCUACGAGUGCGAGCGAUCGGUGGAAGCGCGUAUGGCUGAAUUGGCCGAGCAACAUCAAUUGGAGUUGGAAAAACUUCAUGCAGAUCAUCAAGAGGAAAUUCAGUUCAUGAUUGAUGUUCAAGAUAAAGAAAUUGCAAUGGAGGAGGCGAUCCAUGACACUGAAUUGCGCAUGCUUGUUGAGCGUCGUAUCUUGAAUAGUGUUCUUGAGACGGUUGAUGAUGGCAUUAUUAAUAUCGAUACAACAGGCAUUAUCUGUCGAUUUAACUGUGCUGCUGAAAAGAUUUUUGGCUACAAGUCUGCCGAAGUAAUUGGGAAAAAUAUCAAAAUGCUUAUGCCAGAAAACUAUGCAAGUGUACAUGACGAAUACCUCAACAAUUAUCUGACUACUGGGAUUAAAAAGGUGAUUGGAAUGGGUCGUCGAGUCUUUGGUAAACGAAAAGAUGAUGGCGUGUUUCCGCUUUUAUUAUCUGUUUCUGAAGUCAAGGAAGAUGGCCAGCAUUUGUUUACUGGUAUUGCACGCGAUCUCACUGAAGAAGUUCGUCAAGAAAAAGAGGCAUUUGAAAAGGACGAAGCCAAGAAAAAGGAGCUGGAAGGAUUGAUUUCCAAACUAAGAAUUACUCGUCAAAAAACAGACGAACUUUUGCAACAAAUGCUCCCACCAAGUGUUUCUAGCCAGCUUAUGGAAGGAAAAACCGUCCAGCCCCAAUCUUUUGAAUCUGCAACCGUCUUUUUCCUUGAUGUGGUUGGGUUUACUACUCUUUGUUCGGGUGUUUCGCCAAUUGCCACUGUUUCACUUCUCAAUGCUAUUUACAAAAUAUUUGACGAGACGAUUGAAAAGUAUGAUGUUUACAAGGUGGAAACAAUUGGUGAUUCGUACAUGAUUGUUUCAGGUGUCCCAACUGAAAACGGAAAACGUCACGCAACAGAAACGGCGACAUUGGCAUUGGAUAUUCUUUCCAAGGUCCAUGCUUUUAAAUUCUCAGAAACCCCAGAUUUGAAACUGCGUGUUCGUAUUGGAUUGAAUUCUGGACCUUUGGUUGCUGGUGUAGUUGGAUCUAAAAUGCCGCGAUAUUGUCUUUUUGGAGAUACUGUAAAUACUGCUUCGCGUAUGGAGUCUACUGGAGCACCAAUGAAAAUUCAAAUCAGUCAAAGUACCUACACAUAUCUCAAAGAAGCUGGAGGAUACCACACAUCUCCACGAGGAGAAAUUGACGUCAAGGGUAAAGGAAAAAUGGCCACAUAUUUCCUGACUGGAAAAGAUGGGUUUCCAUUUGAGCUUCCUCCUCAAUAAAUCUCAAGUUUCUUAUCCCAUUUCAAUUGAUCAAUAAAUUGAACGCGUUGACAUCGC